AUGUCUGAUUCUGGCAGACACAUCCUUGCGAAGGAGGUCGACCAACUGGUCAGGAAUUUCGAGAAUCUCCGCCCAUACAAGUGGAAUAGUUUAGCAAAGUUCCUACAGGCGAAAAGGGACCUUGAUGGCAUGAUAGAGAAACUACAUGUUCAGAUUAAGGAAGAUCGGAAGAUUGCUAGACGGCUGAGGCUUAGACACCCCAGAUUGCAAGUGGCCAUGACCCGAGCAAUGGCGAAUAAUGAUCUUAGAUCACGUCAUGAUAUGGAUGGAGAAUUUAUGGAAAUUCCAAUUCGGCGUAAUGAAAUUGUUGCUGAGUUAAGAAGUAUGGUGGAAGACGAAAAAAAAAUAUUCAAUUUGGUGAUUGAACUAUGA